GGACUACAGAGGCGUUGGGUGCCAGGACCAUUAGGAGCCUCCGCCAGCUCAACAAACCAACGACGCGCAGCCUUUUUAGCGAGCAAGUAGAAGUUGUAUCCUAUCGCGUCUUUUGCACCCAACGCGAAGGGUACACGGGGGAAGAGAGGGGGCUAUGUCACGUUUUUAGGUAUCCUCAGGUUAAAUUUUACGCAGGAGGAUCGCAGUUUCUUUUAUAGGGGAAGAAGAGGAAAAGUGCACCCCAGAGCAAGAUGAGAAGCCAAAGCGGGCUGCCACGGCUCGCCGCGGCUGUGGUCUUCGUCGCCUUGUGCGUAGCGGUGCAACAGUCAGAUUCUGCGGCUUGUAAUGGAUGUGUGGGAAGCAAAUGUGACUGCACCGGAGUGAAAGGAGCCAAGGGUGAGAGAGGCUUCCCAGGUCUGACUGGGCAGCCAGGAGUCCCAGGUUUCCCAGGACCAGAGGGACCCAUCGGACCCAGAGGAGAGAAGGGCAGUGAUGGUCCUCAAGGGCUUUCUGGGCCAAAGGGAAUCCGAGGGCCUGCCGGUUUGCCAGGUUUCCCAGGCACUCCAGGACUUCCAGGUUUGCCAGGACAAGAUGGACCACCGGGACCAAGGGGAGUGCCCGGCUGCAACGGAACAAAGGGUGAGAGGGGUUACCCAGGAUCUGGAGGUAUUCCCGGAGCUCCUGGUCUUCAGGGACCUCCUGGUUUACCUGGAUCUAAGGGAGACCCAGGUGAUGUGAUCUCAACCAAUCGCUUCGGAGAUAAGGGAGGUGUGGGGCUGCCUGGUUUACCUGGACUUCCUGGAAAUCCUGGAGCUCCCGGUCUGCCAGGUCCCAGUGGCCCACAGGGACCAAGAGGAUACAACGGUCUUCCUGGUCCUCCUGGUGCCCAAGGGCCUAAAGGAAACAUGGGACUCAACUUCCAAGGACCUAAAGGUGAAAAGGGUGAUCCCGGUUUGCCUGGACCUCCUGGGCCUCCUGGACAGGUGGGGGAGCAGAAGAGACCAACUGACGCAGAGAUCGUCAGAGGAGACAAGGGAGAUCAAGGACCUCCAGGCCCUCCUGGUGAUCCAGGCUACCCCGGAGCCCCUGGCCCUUCUGGUGGAGCAAAGGGAGAGAAAGGAGAACCUGGAGAGGCAGGCAAAAGAGGCAAACCCGGAAAAGAUGGUGAUCCUGGACCUCCAGGCUUCCCCGGAAUCAAAGGAGAUCAAGGUCUUCCAGGUCCACCAGGCCGAGACGGAGAAAGAGGUAUUAAAGGUGACAGAGGAUAUCCAGGACCUCCAGGAGUGGUGAUUGGAGGGCAAACUGGAGGUCGUGUUGGCCCCAAAGGUGAACCAGGUAUCCCUGGAUCUCCAGGACUUAAAGGAGACAGAGGACCUCAAGGUUUGUCUGGCCCCCCUGGUCCCCCUGGAACUGCAAUUGCAACACAGCCAGGCAUUCCUGGACCGCCCGGCUUCCCUGGAGAAAGGGGGCAGAAAGGAGAAUUAGGCGUCCCGGGCAUCUCCCUGCCAGGACCACCAGGACGCCCUGGUGCCACUGGAGCUCCGGGACAGCCCGGCGCUCCCGGACCCCCAGGCUACUCCACUGGCAACUGCCUCGCAGGGGAGCCUGGGCGUCCUGGUCUGCCAGGGGAUAGGGGCUACCCAGGAGAGACAGGCCAGAAAGGUGAGAAGGGAGACACCUGUGUCAACUGCUACGGAGGCGGCUCCAGUUUACCUGGGCUCCCAGGACCCCCCGGACCUCGCGGAUUCCCAGGUGGUCCCGGUGGACCAGGUAUCAAAGGAGACAGAGGUUACCCUGGAAACCCAGGGAGUCCAGGGGGUUCAGGCCCUUCAGGACCCCCAGGUCCCACUGGAUAUCCUGGAGAGAAGGGUGAGCCGGGGGAGGCGAUCAGUGUGACCGGGGUGAGGGGAGAGAAGGGGGACACUGGUUUCCCUGGACCCCCUGGUCUGCCCGGUCUGGACGGACGACCUGGUCGAGAUGGAGCACCUGGACUUCCUGGCCCUAAAGGAGCAUCUGGCUCACUGCUGGUUAAAGGAGAGCGUGGGACUCCUGGUGAACCUGGUCUGCCCGGUAUCCCAGGUGACAGAGGUCCCCCUGGACCUCCAGGGUUUGGACCCCAGGGUCCCUCUGGAGAGAAGGGCGUGCAGGGUGUGUCAGGGCGACCCGGAGCUCCUGGUGCCCCUGGUGCCAAAGGUGAGCCUGGCCUAACGAUUGCAGAGAAAGGACUCCCAGGACCCAGAGGUUUGGACGGAGAGCCUGGUCUCCCCGGCUCCCCAGGAUCUCCCGGUCAGCCCGGACAGCCUGGUUUCCCUGGGUUGCCAGGAACAAAGGGAGACCCUGGACUCCCAGGAAUUGGCCUUCCAGGACCCCCAGGAGCUAAAGGUUUCCCCGGUAUCCCUGGUCAGCCCGGAUCCCCUGGAGAAUCAGGAAGACCAGGAGUAGACGGACUGCCCGGACAGCCUGGAUUCCCCGGACCUAAGGGUGAUCCUGGUUUUGGACUGCCUGGUCCUCCUGGUUUGCCUGGCGUUCCUGGAUCAAAGGGAGCUCUUGGACCCAAGGGAGACCCUGGUUUUCCUGGUGGUCCUGGUGGUCCUGGGCGUAAUGGAUUUGAUGGAGUCCCUGGAACUAAAGGUGAAGCUGGUCUGCCUGGUAUCCCGGGAGCUCGCGGCCCAGCCGGACCUCCUGCCCCUGGGUCAGUCGGAGUCCCAGGACCUCCAGGACCCCCUGGACCAAUUGGUCCACCAGGAUACCCUGGAGGAAAUGGAGCCAAGGGUGACCCCGGCCCCCCUGGUCUUGAUAUCCCUGGUCCGCCUGGAGACAGAGGCUCCCCAGGCUUCAAUGGUGCUCCAGGACCCCCCGGAACCCCAGGACCCCCCGGAGGACCAGGACGCGACGGCCUGCCUGGUCUGCCAGGGGCUAAAGGAGACAUGGGCCCUGUCGGAUCCCCUGGCCCAGCUGGAGGCCCAGGUGGCCCCGGAGGACCUGGAGGCCCUGGACCUAAAGGUGAGCCAGGUUUCCCAGGCAGAGACGGAGUUCCUGGAGUUUCAGGAUCCAAAGGAGAGAGAGGAGAUCCCGGAGUCCAGGGACCUCCUGGACUCAGCCCCAGUUCAGUGACACAAAAGGGACAGAAAGGCGAGCCAGGCCCGCCAGGUUCUCCUGGUGUACCCGGACAGAAGGGCAUCUCUGGUCUCCCUGGGGAUGCUGGACUUCCAGGAGGUGAUGGGCGGCCUGGUGUCCCAGGACCCCCAGGUCCCAAAGGAGACCCAGGUAUUCCAGGUAUUCCCGGUGGACCAGGAGGACCCGGUGCUAAAGGAGCCAUGGGAGAAAUGGGAUUCCCAGGCCCCGGUGGACAGAAGGGCAGUCCUGGCCUGCCUGGUCGGCCCGGAGGUCCCGGACAGCCUGGAGCACCUGGUUUCCCCGGAGCCAAAGGUGAACCCGGAUCAGCUGGAGUUGGGCCACCAGGAGUCCAAGGUCCCAAGGGAGAAGCAGGGCAGCCUGGUUACCCAGGAACACCAGGACUUAAAGGAGCCCCUGGAUCCUCUGGUCUGCCUGGUCUCCCUGGAGGUCCAGGGCCCAAAGGAGACCCCGGUCUUCCCGGAUUCCAAGGUCCUCCCGGUAUCCCUGGUCCCAAAGGUUUAGAUGGAGGUCCCGGGGGCCCUGGACUCAACGGAGCCCCAGGAAGACCCGGCGAGCCCGGUCGACCAGGUGGACCCGGUCUUCCUGGGGAGAAGGGUCAGGCGGGACGUGACGGCAUCCCAGGACCAGCCGGAGUCAAAGGAGAACCAGGUCUUCCUGGUUUUGGAGGUCCUGGUCCUUCUGGUCUUCCAGGUCUACCUGGCGCAAAGGGAGACCCAGGGUUGCCGGGUCCUUCAGGUGCUCCUGGUUUCCCUGGACCCAAAGGAGAGGGUGGUUUCCCUGGUAACCCCGGCUCCCCAGGCCCCAGCGGUCCCCCUGGUCCCCCCGGUGUCCCCUUGCAAGGGCCCAAAGGACUCCAGGGACCCCCCGGACCACCUGGAAGAGCAGGUCCAGCUGGUCCACAGGGUCCCCGUGGUCCUCCAGGAAUUGGAGGAGUUAAAGGAGAGAAGGGCAUCCCUGGAGCCCCAGGAACACCAGGCUUCCCUGGGCAGAAGGGAGACCCCGGCAACCCUGGUUUCUCGGGUCCAUCUGGUUUGCCUGGUGGUCCUGGUUUGAAGGGUGAUAUCGGUCUGCCUGGUGUUCCUGGAUUCCCUGGACCUAAGGGAGACCCUGGACUUCCUGGUGCUAGUGGACUUCCUGGAGACCGUGGAGACGCUGGUCCUGUUGGUCCACCCGGUGACCCUGGUGUUCCUCCAACCCCCAUCGUGGUGAAGGGAGAGCGGGGCCCUCCUGGUCCUCAGGGUCUGCCUGGAGGUCGUGGGCUGCCUGGUGCUCCUGGCCGUGAGGGACUCCCAGGAGCCCCUGGAGAGCCUGGAGACCCUGGUCCCGAGGGCACCCCUGGCUUCAGUGGUCCCCCCGGCAGAAAGGGAGACACGGGACCAGCCGGACAGCCAGGGUCUCGAGGUUUGCCUGGUCCUCCUGGCUCCGACGGGCCCCAGGGUCCCCCAGGUCUGCCUGGCUCUGUGUCUGCUGCUCACGGUUUCCUCAUCACGAGACACAGCCAGUCCACAGAGGUGCCCUUCUGUCCAGAGGGCAGUAACCUCAUCUAUGAUGGCUACUCUCUGCUCUAUGUACAGGGCAAUGAACGGGCACAUGGACAGGAUCUGGGUACUGCCGGCAGCUGUCUCCGGCGCUUCAGCACAAUGCCCUUCAUGUUCUGUAACAUCAACAACGUGUGUAACUUUGCCUCUCGUAACGACUACUCGUACUGGCUCUCCACACCUGAACCUAUGCCCAUGUCAAUGGCCCCCAUCACCGGAGAGGGCAUCAAACCUUAUAUCAGCAGGUGUGCAGUGUGUGAAGUGCCAGCUAUGGUGAUUGCAGUCCACAGCCAGACCAUUCAGAUCCCCUCGUGUCCCGCCAACUGGGAGGCACUCUGGAUCGGAUACUCCUUUAUGAUGCACACCAGCGCGGGGGCAGAGGGCUCAGGACAGGCCCUAGCUUCACCUGGCUCUUGUCUGGAGGAGUUCAGGAGCGCUCCGUUCAUCGAGUGUCAUGGCAGAGGCACAUGUAACUAUUAUGGCAACUCCUACAGCUUCUGGUUGGCCAUUGUAGAACAGAACGAGAUGUUCAGGAAACCCCAGUCGGAGACGUUCAAAGCGGGUAACCUCCGGGCUCGCGUCAGCCGCUGUGUGGUGUGUAUGAAGAGGACGUAACGCUCUCGGCUCUGAGCCCCUCCCCUCGCCAUGUCGCCCAAAAGAGAAAACAACAAAACCAUCGCAGAAGAAGACGAACUACGAAUGUUGGCCGCGACACUUCUGUUGUCACCGUGGCGAUAAGGCUUUGGAAACCCUGGUGCAUCGUCUUCCUGAAAACUUAAACUAAAACAAUGGUGCUACUGUGCAACACAGCUUCAUAAAAAAGAUAAAAACUGACUUAAAUAUUUCUUAACUUUAGUCUUUGUUUUUCCUAAGAAGUACCUCAAAUGAAAGCAGAAAUGAUCCACUAAAGGUGCCAUAAUGGAAGUGUGACAACAAAGUGCUUUUCUUUUCCUUUUGUCUCAAUGGACUCUUUCUGUUUUUCUGGCCUUGGCUACACCAGUCACUGCUUCCUUCACUUAGAUUUCUUCAUGUAAAUAAUCGUGAGUACAUUUCCACUUAGGCCUGUCAUGAUAACAAAUUUUGAAGUGUGAUAUAGUUAUUUUGAAGAUAUUUAUUCAAUACUCCACAGCUCCAGUCAUAUCGCUGUACAUCAAAAUAACAAAGAAUCUCACUUUCACUAGUAAGAAAAGAAAAAGAAAAAAAAAGUACCAAAAUCUACAACCCCCAAAAAUCCUUACUCCAUAUAUCAUUUCUAAAGUUGAUAUAGUAAUUAUCGUGACAGGCCUAUUUCCACUGUCACAAACAAACAGUAAACAGUGGCUUUCAAACAGGGUGGCAAGUAACAACUUACAACUACGUACAGAACAGCAGUGAAGUAGAUUUUUAGGGUGCGUUCACACUUAACAUCUAGACCACAUACAAAGCCAAACCAGGUCUACCAUGGACAAACCAGGACUCAACAGGGACAAGUGUGAACGCACCCUUAGCCAUGUAACUAUACUUUUACUUGAGUACAAACUUUCAGUACUCUUUCCACCACUGCUUUCAGACUUAUUCAACUAUACUCUUAAAAUACUGUAACAUGCACAUACUUGUAGCCUGUUUUGUUUUUUUUUGUUCUUUUUUUUUUUUUACUUUUCAUGUUGGUGCAACACAAAUGUGAUUCUUAACAAACUUCUACCUACUAUAUAUAUAUAUUUUCUUAUAUUUUUGUUUUGUUUUGGGCCUAAUUGAUGAGGAGUGAACUGUUUCCAUGGUUACCAAAUCGGCACUUUGAACUUCCAAACAUCCGAUAAGAGAGAUGCACUGACUUUAGGCUUUGCUUUAGAGACUCGCUGCAAACAAUAUAUCGACAUGAGUUAAAAUCACUUGAAUUCAGAAUAAUCCUAGUCUAAUUUAUUUAAUUAGUUGGUCAACAUUUUUUGUUGGUUUCAGCAUUUUAAAAUUUGUUUUUAUUUCAUGAGAGCGCUGUGAAGGGAGAGUGACUUGGAGCAAAGGGAGGGGGUGACAAAGCAUCAAAAACAACUUAGAAAACAUGUUAAUGUGUUGUUUUUAGUGAAUAUAGCAUUUUCAAAACAAUAAAAGGUAACAUGGUGAUAUAAAUAUGUUCUGUGUUAGCAGUUAAUACCCCAUAGAAGUGUAAUUCUCCCUCACCUUAAAAUAAGAAAGAUAUGUUGAAACUUGACCAACAAACUAAAUGCAGUGAUAUUUUGAAUUCCAAAUUUUAACUUAUGUUGAAAUAUGUAUUUUUGCAGUAGCUUUUAAUUUUUAUUUUUUUUUUUACUGUUGUUCUAUCUUUUGUAUCUCCAUGGAUUUUCUGUCUUGUUCGUUACAUUUGCUGGUACUAACUCUGCCGUAGCCCGCUUUCUAACACCUGCGUCUUAACUUUUUUCUCCUUUUUGUAAGUAAUAAUGUGUAUAUUGUGUAAAACACCUUUUGUUUUUAGCGUGAUAGUUAGCGAAUCAGCUGUUUGUAUUUUUUUAAUUUUUGACAAUAAAAUUACAUACUAUGCUCACUGACACACAUCCACGCAUAUUGUACAAAGGCUUCUAUGAAUGAAACAGUAUUUUAUAUAUAAUAAUAAUAAUAAUAAUAAUAAAUAUAUAUUUGAAAACAAAGAUAAAAGAUGGUAUAUAGAUUUUAUUUGGCUGUGGGACUGUGUUUUUUUUUUUUUUUUGACUGCAUUCACCCACAAAUACAGCUACUACUGAGCACUGACGGGCCAAUUCCUUCAAAUGUUUUUAACAACAUUUUGUAUUGUAGAAUAUUUUUUUUUUUUUUAUUAAAAUGGGAGUUGCUUCUUUAGAUAGUCUGAUUAUCGGGGAAUGAAAUAAAGGAUAAAAAUCACUAUUAUUUGUAAGGUGGGUAAUAGUUGAUGUCCACUGCUUUUACAAUACCACUUGAAUAUAGCCAAAUGGUACAAACUUGAGCCUAUUGAAAAGCAUUGAACAAGACACACACUUGCUCUUGAUGUACUGUAAUUUGGAGCGGUUCUGGGGAGAAUGUUACUUUUUUCCUGUGAUUUUUUUUAUGAAUUUGUCAACCUGGGGUGCGAUAAUGAAAAAUGUGUAUUAAUUUCUUUGUUUUUUUGUUCUGUUUUCAAUGUUAUGUUAUCCAGAAGUUGUUAUAAACUUUUAAGACUGAAAUAAA